UCCGGAGGAGGCAUGGGACUGCCCUGCAUUGCAUUGCAUUGCGCAUCCUCCCUCCCUCCCAUCUCUCCCCACCGCCUACUGCUGCAGCCUGCCUGCCUCCCUCCAUCGCUCCAUCCUUCCCGCGUCCCACCUCAUAUCGCUCCUUCUGCGUCUCUCACUCCUGCAUCCCUCCCUCCUGCAUCCCUCCCUCCUGCAUCCCUCCUCCUGCAUCCCUCCCUCCUGCAUCCCUCCUCCUGCAUCCCUCCCUCCUGCAUCCCUCCCUCUGCAUCCCUCCUCCUGCAUCCCUCCUCCUGCAUCCCUCCUCCUGCAUCCCUCCUCCUGCAUCCCUCCUCCUGCAUCCCUCUCUCCACCCCUCCCUCUGUCUGCGCAGAGCCGCCGACAUGGCGCUCAGCAAUUUCCUCUUCGCUCAGUGCAUCUGCUAUUUCCUGGCCUUUCUCUUCAGCUUCAUCGUGGUGGUGCCACUCUCGGAGAAUGGCAACGACUUCCACGGCCGGUGCCUGCUCUUCACCGAGGGCAUGUGGCUCAACGCCAACCUGACAGUGGAGCGGCAGCGCUUCACGGUGCAGGAGUGGGGCCCUGAGGCCGCUUGCCGCUUUAGCAUCUUCACCGGGCUCCUCUCCCUGCUGCUGGCCACAGUGCAGGCCUGGAGGACCCUCUUCUUCCUCUGCAAGGGGCACGAGGACUCUUUCUUUUACGCCUUCCUGAAUCUGCUGAUCAGCGCCUUUGUGGUGUUCAUCACAUUUAUUGCCAGCACUAUAGUGAGUGUAGGAUUUAACAUGUGGUGUGAUGCAAUUACCGAAAAAGGAAGCAUGCCAAAUAGCUGUGAAGAAUUGCAGGAUAUAGAUCUUGAGCUGAACUUGGAAAACUCUGCUUUCUAUGACCAAUUUGCUGUUGCACAGUUUGGUCUCUGGGCUGCCUGGCUGACUUGGCUGGCAAUUACCAUCCUGGCUUUCCUGAAGGUUUAUCACAACUACAGGCAGGAAGACCUGCUCGACAGCCUGAUCCAUGAGAAGGAGCUGUUGCUAGGAAGAUCCCCUUCACGAUCCUCUUUGCAAGAUGACAAAAGUGGCAUGAUCUAAAGUGUAAGCAGAUUUACAGGGCAGGAACUAGAUUUUAUUAUUAAGUAGUGUGAGCUGAAGUUGAGUCAGGGUAUUGAGUGUGUGAGAUCUUUUCUUUUCCUGAAAUGAAAUGUAAUUGUGGAUCACUCACUUCCCCCAUGAGAAAUUGUUGGCAGAAGUACUGAUAUUAGGAUGAAGAGAAUGAAGUGCCCUAUGUUCCUAUGGCACAGCCAACUUUCUGUCCUGUGCAGGCCAAAUUUGUAACCUGCCCUUGUCAGCAGAGCUCCCAUGUGCCAUCACUGGCUUUUGGGACUGGGGCCUUUUUUUGAGAACGGGGCUGGCAAGACCAGGCUACAGUGUCCAGGCUAUUUCUUCAAAUUGUUCUUCAACCAUAGUUGUAACUGGAGCUGCAUUCAGUCCCGCCUCUCUCCCUCUCCUCCCUUUUUCCAAGGAAGCUGUCCCUGUUCUCUCUUUAUCCUGGGAAGCUGCAGCUCUGGUUCAGGUGCAGGCUCUCGCUGUCUCUGCUUUUGCUGUGUUUGGAUGCAGUGCUGACAAACAUGUUGUUUCUGCUCUGAUUUUAUUUAGAACACAGAGGCCUGUGUUCCAGACUUGAUAUUUAAUAUUGGACAGUGUUAAUGAAUUCUAUGAAACCCGUAUAUUAUUAUGGCACCUGUCAAAAACUGUGUAUAAUACGGAAGGAUGGUGGACAACUUUUGUGGUUUUGUUUCUUCUUAGAUUUUGGCAUGACCAGCAUUUAUUAUGACUCCUGAAGUGAAGUGUAGCUAGCAAUUGCUGAAGCUUGCAUACUAAGAAAUUGAGCUGAAUAGGUAGUAUUAAUGCUUGUGCAUUCAUAAAUGUAACUUGGUCCCUACCAUGGUAUACUAUUCUGUUUUGAAUAUUAGAAUUUAUUUGUGAUAUUUAUUUCAUAUAGGAUAUGCAAAAUUACUGUGAGCAUUUGCAUUGUAUGUUCCUAUAUAUAAACAGCAAGGAGUUCAAACAGCUGAGUUAUUUUGUAGGUAGCUCAGUGCUGAAUGGGUCCAUUCUCCCCACUCUUGGGCAGGAGUUCCAGGGCAGAUGAAUUUUGCUGUGAAAAGGAAGAAUUGCUAUUUACACAAAGCUCACUGGUGACUGUUGUUGCUUUCAGUUUUUCUUGGCCAGUGCUUCAACAGAUCAUGUGGAUUGUUUGUGAGCGGAGGUAGCUCUGAUAAAUAGGAAGAGUCAUUCAGAGGAGUGUGGGAUUUGCAUGGCAGAGAAGUAAAAUUGUACUGGAAUUAAGCAUUUAUCCCCAGGUACACAUUACACCGAAGACCCCAAAUCAGCAGAAAACAAGCAAACAAGUAAGUUCGGGCUGAAGAUUUUUUUGGGAGUACAGUGACACUGCCUGCAGUACCUGUGUUUGAGUUGAGACCAAAUUUAUAGCAACAGAAGUGCAAACCACACAGGAUUAUAUGACCUGGUAAAUCAGAAUGAAAGGAGAGAAGGCAGCAAGAUUCUACCAUGUCAGAGCUCAAGCCUGGGGUUAGCAAAACCAUGCAGAUUUACUGUUGUCUUCUGGGGACUCUCUGAUGCUUAGUUAAGCACCAGCUUAAGCAUUUCAUUGAAACAGAAUUUGAUGUCAUGACAAAUCCCUCAGUCAUUAAGCAUUUUAGGGCAUAAAAUCCGACACUGUGUUUAACUGCCAAAUUAUUCUCAUAGGUUUAGAGAAAAAACCCUCCACGGGCCCUAAGCAGUGAGCCAGCCCUGUGAACAUUGCUUGUAACCCCAGCUGGCCACAGCUCUCUGUAGAGAGGUCUUGUUCUUCAGCAUUAUUUCUGCUCACAAGAGAAUGCAAUUCCUUUGAAAGAUUUGCAGUGGUGGCUUUUUUGUAGUUGGGAGUUGACAUCAGAGGAGGACCCCUGGAGAAGGAAUCAGAGACCAAGUUAAUUAAUACCAAUUUAAAAUUCAGCUAUCGGGACUGUCAGAGUGCCUUUUUAAAAAUUAAUUUGGUCUAAUAGUUUGCAUAUUAAGAAAAGUCUCUUCAUUGAAAGAACUGUCCAGCACUGGAACAGGCUGCCCAGGGAAGUGGUGGAGUCACCAUCCCUGGGUGUAUUUAAAAGAAGCAUAGAUGUGGCAGCAAGGGACAUGGUUUAAUGGUGGCCUUUGCAGUGCCAGGUUAAUGGUUUGACUGGAUCAUCCUAGAGGUCCUUUUCAACCUAAAUUACUCUGUCUCUAGUAGGAGAUACGCUCUUGCAAGUACCUGAGACCAUUGCCAGGGAAUGACCUUCUUCAUAUCCUGAAGAAGAGCUUGAGUCUUAUAAGUUAGCCUGUUUCCUACAUUCCCCCAGUUUCUCCAGCUGUAAAAGGCAGUCUGACUUUCACUCAGCAGUGAUGUCUCUUCCCACAAAUUACUUCAGUGCAUGCCUUAUUCUUUGUGUGGAACCAUGCUGCUGCUUUGUAUAAUAUAUUUUAUGUAUAUGCCAAAUCAGGCUUAGGCUGAAGCAACUUGUGGCUUGGGAGCACUGUUCCUGGUGUUGCCUGAGGGUUUGAAGAACCAUGAGGCAGAAGGUAACAAGCUGUCUUCUUGUGAUCCUUGCUCUGAGGUACCAGGGCCCAAGCCUUGUCUCUGGUCCUGAAGGAGGGGGUGCUGCUUUUGGGAGAGGCUGUCUGGAGCUCCUUUUCUCUUCUACCUCUCCUGUCUCAAGGUCUUUUUCCUCCUUUCCACUUCCACGAGAAGCAGCAAACACUGCUCCUGGAUCUGGAGCUGCCAUGCAAAAUGAAAAGAGGCUGAGGCUCUUCUAUGAGUCCCAUGUGAAUCUCAGUCUGUUUUUCACAGCUUCCCUGCCUUGACCGGGUGGGGUGAGGCUGGUACCCCCUUGCGAGCAUCAGUGGUGCUUAAAAGCAAAGCUGUUUUUGAUGGAAGCCCCUGUGUGAGUAAGAGGGCAGAGCAUGUAGUGAGAAGCUCUUUGGCUGACCCAAGUUGAGGAGGGGUAUCCUGCAACUCCCAGUUGCCGGACACACUUGGUGUUUUUUUAUUUGCAAUAAGUUUUCUGCAACCUCUUCUCCUAAAGCUUGGCCUCUCAGGCUAAGCUGGUGGCACCAUGCUGAAAUUGUGUUAGAGUUUGUAAACGAGCUAGAGUGGUGUAAUUUAUAUACACACACAUACCUACCUAUGCUGUCUCUCAUACACUUCCCUCUUUUGUACGUUUCUGAUGUCUGCUUUUAGUCAUCCCUUGCCAACCAGCACACUGUGGGCUGAGUCAAAUGUUGCAUUUCUGUGACAUUUUAAUACCUUUAAUUUGCCAUGUCGAAAGGCUUCUGGGAACACUCUAGCAAGAGUUGUAUUCAAAGAACUAGAACACUCUGUGGUACUUGUAUUUAUUUAUUGUCACAUGGUGGAAGGGGAGAAAGCUUAGAGGCCUUUCCAAGGCACUGGGCUGUCGCCACACUAUUAUCCUGUUGUAUCAAAUAUAUUUUUUGGUUGCCAUCUGUGGUUAAAUUCCCCACCAAUUGCCUGCCAGCAGUCCUCAUUGGGUUAGAAGAAUCUAAGCUAACAAGUGUAAUCUGAGCUUUUAGAUCAAUGCCAUUUAUCACCACUUUUCAUAGUGGAGAAACAAUUGCAGCCAUCUUUUGGAACAGAACUUCCUCAUGAGUGCAUUCAUGCUCAAAAGAUCUUAUACCACUAACUCAUGAGGCAUCUUUCAGCUGGGAAGGUUCAGUGAGAACCACAAAAAUAAGAGCAUGAUGAUUUACUGUAAAAACUGAGGGGCACAUUCGUGCUAUAGCAGCGACUCUAUGGCCCCUUAAAAAAGGAGGUGUUAUAAUAACCAGUGAUGGAUGAUUGAGUGUACAGAACUUGUCAUGAAAGCAUUCUCUGUGUAUGUACAACGUACACAGAUAAAUGUCAGAAAUAGUUCCACUGCUCCUCUGUGAUGUGGAUAUAGGCUCUUCUCUCAACAGGCAGCUUUGGCUGGAGUAGCUGUUAGAAAACCUUAAAUUUCUACACUUCCUUUUACUUAUCACUGGGACUUGUGCAGUGACAAUGGUUGUGAUGCCCAGAGGUGGAUUUGAUGUGGGCAGAGGAGGAAAGCACUGGCCAAUGCACAGCCCUCCAAAGGCUGAGAUGAGUUUCUAACACAGGUUUGCAGGUGUUUUAAUUCCUCCCCUUUAUCUGAGUAACGUCCUUCUGCUAGCCUAAAGUACUCCAUUUAGGAACAGUCAGAUUUCCCCACAAGGCCUUCACUCCCCAGUACAGAACACUGCUGAUUUAACCUAUGUAGUGUUCAGGAUGGAAACAGACUUGCAAGAAAGAGGAGCUCACACUUUACAGUCACAUUGCACACAAACCUGGUAUUGGGUAUAUGUGGGUUUGUCCUUGCCCUUCUCCAAACAUUCCCAAACAUAUUGCAUGUAAAAUCAGUUUUGCCAUUUAAACUAUAACUUUAAAGAAAAUCCAGAAGGUAUAUUAUACUGGAAAGACUGACAAUAUUUUGUGAAAAACCUAUCUGGGUCAUGAGAAAAUUUUUGGUUUUUUCGUCUAUAUCAAUGGCCCGGGUAUCCUUGAACAAGUGAACAUCCUGGUUGUGUCCAGAUCCUAAAUCUGUGCCUCAGACCAUUUCCUUUGCUGUUGGAAACCCAUUCAUAUCUCUUGGAAUGUUUGCUUUGGAGGUCACAAAUAUGCUUUCCUUCUGGUUAGGCAGUCUGGGAAAAGAGGAAGGUUUUACCUGCAGUGACAAAAUGUAACUUCAUAAGCACAGAAUUUGUUUUAGAACCAUUUCUGUUCAUGGCACUAGUGCCUUGAAGUACGUGUUUCUAUUUUUGACCUCCACAAGAAGGAGGAAAACUGUCCUGAGUUGUAUUUUAGUACUCACAGAUAGGCACCUAAAUGUUCUUUUUUACAGAUUUUUUUUUUAAAUGACAAAAUUUAACUCAGUGAUUUAUGAGGUUAAGAACUUCAUAGAAGACAGCACUUCGUUGCUCUCCUGAAGUAGAAGGGAAUUUCGCUCUCUCAGAAAAAAUAACAUUUGUUUCUGAGAGGUUAGAAUAGAAUUUACUCAUGAUAUAGCAAACACUGCUUAUUUCAGUGCAGGUUCUUAAAGAAUACUGUCUUUUCAUCCUGUUAUUGGGAAGAGUAUUAACAUAGCCAUGCUUCCACUUUAGUUUUUUUUGUUCCUGCCAAAGAGUGUAAUUAAACUGCUAUUGCAAACAUAGAUUAACAGGAAUGUAUUCACCUGAGUGCUUGAAAUUCUCUACCUCUCAUAGCUCCUAUAGCUGCUUGAACUGUUAUUGCACACAGUAGAGAAAAAAAUCUGAUCCAUGUAAGAGCCUAAAUCCUGUUUCCAUAGACGGCUAAAGGAUUUAGGAUUUAAUGCUUAUUAGCUUCCUGUAAAAUCCUCAUUGCUAAAAAUUUGGCAUAAGUACCUGAGAAGUGCUCUGUGAAUAGCCCUUUGAAUUGGCCAAAUAAUGAUUUCAUUUUGGUUUCGGAUAUUUUAACUUAUUUUUUCUCACCAAAAUAAAAACCCGACAACUGCAAUUUGCUAGGCAUGAAAGGUUAUCCUUGAUCCCCUUCAAAUCCUCCUGCUGGAGCUCUUCUACUUGGCUUGAAAUUCCUAAAUAACAAUGAUUUAUUGUGGUGGUUCUGGUGUUUAUCAAGGAGAUAAACUAUUUUGAAGCAAGAGCUGCUCACUGAAAUAGUUGGAACUAUUUGUAUAUGGUGGAAAUCCAAUGUGAGAAAAUUUUGUUCCCCCUUUCCACUUGCCUGUGUUAUACAGUGAGGGUUGAGACAACCUGCCAGGAGGUGAGAAUGAUGAUUUGCAAGUACUGUUGGUAUCUUGGAUGAUCUCUCACACAAGUGAGAGACUAAACUACUCUUCAUAUCCUCCUUAUGUUCCCUUUGUUUGCCCCCCAGAUCUGGGCAAAUUUGACUCCAGUGUGUAUACAGACUCUGGAGAGUAUUUAUGAAUGUAGGAAAAAUUGCAGUCUCUAUGGCACAUGUUGUCAAAAAAAAAAAAAAGGCAGUCAAGGAUUUUCCCUGUUCCCAUUGAGCCUCUCUGGACUGUGACAUUGAACCCUUCCCUUUACAUAAGCCAGGCCUGAUUUGGGUGAUGUGGUGAUGUGUUGCUCUGGGAGGUUUCCAAGGCUGGUGCCAGUAGUCUCCCCAGGAACCUGGUGGAGUUAGAUGAGUUAUGUUAAACCAUAGAUUUUAAAGCAGGGAAAUGUUUAAAAACUCUCAUGGUAUCCCACAUUACACUGUCCAGAGCUCCUCACUCAUCCCUCCUGCAGUAGAGAGAAUUAUUUUUCCCUAUUAACACUGAACACAAAAAUUUGUGUCCAGAACACAGCCCAUCUUUCUGGAACACACAGGAUCUGGGUUGCAUCAGUUAAUCCAUUCCACUUUCUAGGCUCCUGCAACAUUUUAAACUGUGGUUAUUGAAACAGGGUCCAGCAUUUGACUCCAUAAGGUGCUGGCAACCUCCUUAUUAAACUGCAGUGUUUGAGAGCAGCAGGCAGUCCCUUUGCUCUGUGCUGAACAGCAUCCCUCUGUGGGGGACCACGGCAUUGGGGUCCACAGCCAGUGCAGACUGAUGGUGUCAGAGCAAUUCUGGUCAAACGCUCUCUGAUUAAAACAGCCUGAGCUACACAACUUGGGUAGACAUACAUAACAUAUCACAAUAUGCUGUGAUCUGGAGUACACCCCCAAGAGGUUUUUGAGCAUUUAUAAACAAAACAAAAUAACAAUAACGAAAAGUCCCAACGGUUCCACUGAAGUCCCUUCCCCCUGGAUCUUUUCAUCUGCAAAAACGUUCCUGCAAACUUCAGGGAAGGUUUUAUUGCUAUCAAGCUGAUUGGGCCUUAUUUCUCACAGCUCUUCCUACCAGAGACAAGGACAGCUGAGGUGUGCAGGACAGUAGCAUCAAUCUGAACAGAAAUAGAUAACGAGGAGUCAGUGCAUUUCCUGUGAGGGAUUUCAGUUCUUGGGCUGUGAUCUGAGGGAGUGGUGUUGACACCGAUUUCAGCCUUUGCUUGGCCUGCUCAGCCCCUGUCCUCUCGUGUGGCCUCACAAGCUGCAGAGCAUCCUCUUGAGGCAUGUGCUGACCUAAAGCCAGCUUCUGGAGAGAGCCACCUGUGCCAGCUGUGCAGGAAUCUGGUGUAAAGGUGCUGACAUUGCCACCAGAUUUGGAGGAAAGCAGAUCCAGGUAUCCUACACUGGCCCUUUGUCCUGUGCAGCUUGUGACUUGCAUGGGGAAGGAAAGACUCUUCCCAAAUCUCUGUAGACUUGGCAUUUGUGGAUGCAGCUCAUUAGCGCCCAUAGUUUUGCAUGGUUUAGUGAUUUUCCAUGGCAGAUCCUUCUUGCUUGUAAGUCAGUGUAGAGCCUGAAAGCAUUUCAGCCUCUCUGAAAUAUGUGUCCUCUGAUGUAUGAAUUCAUGAAUUACUGUCUCUUAUAGCCACCUGGGAAAAGCUUUAUAAGAGUCUAAAUUAGCUUUUUUUUUUUUUUUUUUUUUUUUUUUUUUUUUUUUUUUUUUUUUUUUUUUUUUUAAUGCUGCUGAAGAGGUUCCUGCAAUGGUUAUUUGGGGAGAAAAUGGACCAUUUUUUCAUAAUUUGUUUAACCACUGAAAGCAGUGGAGGAGCAGAUCCCUCACCAGUGUACAUAGAUUAUCCUGUGAGCAGCCAUGCCAGUCCACACAUGCUGAGGGUAGAGCCUGGCCUGCUUUGAAUUUUAGCUCUGUUGAUUUGUAUGGUCUUCUGCAGAGUAAUGACUGCUGAUUUUGAGCUUUAAUUGCAUGUGUUUAACAAAGCCAGAAAGGAAGUGAGGUUUAUUAUUGUUUUAUACAGUCUCAAAAGGGAAGUUUUUACUAGCAUUUUAAUACAGCCCUUUGUAAACAACCAGCAAAGAAAAAAAUGCUGAGUCCAGUCCUUCUGCUUGUGGAGUCACUGAGUUUCCUCUGGCUUUAGUAGGAGCUGGACUGGGUUCAGCGUACCUGGUACACUCCAGCAUUACUGAUAAUGAGUUAAUGUGUUUUAUAUAUUGAUGCUUUUUGCUGAACAGUGCAUCGGCUUUUUAUGAUUUGGUGAAAUACAAAAAUAAAUUAUUUGAAAAAUCA